CAUCGUUGCCUUUCGUCCCACCAACAAAGACUUGACAAUGGAGACCCCUUUCGACAAAACCGCUGUAGAAACACUCGACCUCCUUGAAGCGCGGCUACGAAGAAUUGAGUACGCAGUAUCUGGCCAGGUCGAUGAGGCUACACCGGCAGACGACAAUACACCCGCAGCACAACGUCUUGCAGAUUUGGAGCAUGCUCUCCAUCAGCUCGCAUCUAAGUCAAGAGUGGUUCAAGAUCUUUUGAGGCUUCAUGCAAGAUACCCAGACCUUUUUCAGUCCAUCGGAGCCGAUGAGCUGCCCACAACCCUGGAUACGGAGAGCAUAUUAUCUAUCAUUCUUGCCUCCGCAAGCUCAUACCCCUCCACCGCAUCGCGGUUGACCUCGAUUCUUGACGUGCCAGUGCCGCCCGCCGAGCUUUCAGCACAGCUCAUUGCGCUCGUUCCUCGAAUCGCGAGGCUUGAAGCUCUGCAAGCCGCCCAAAACACCGAAAUUGCAGCCCUGAGAGAGCGAAGCGCAGCACUGAUUCAGCGGUGGUAUACUGUUAAUAUUCUAGGGGCUGGUGAUAGCUGGGCUGAGUUGGAAGGGAGAGUGGAGCAGGUAGAGCAGAAAGUUCGACGAGCUACAUUAGCAAAGCAGCUGGAUGCCGACCUGGUUUGAGAGGGGCCUUCCUUAAUCUUGGAUAUCGGAAUGAUUUGAACUUGGUGGUCAUACCGCUGCCAGGCCCUCCAGAACAGCAAGAUGUCGUGACAGACUUAGAGAUGAAGCAAAGUUCUGGGCGAUUGGAAACUGUCAUGACACGUUCGAUGGCAUCAAGGGAGAGUGUCAUCCACCGUGCCCUUCUCUUAUAGCUUUGGAAAGGCUGAUAGAGCUGACUUCUUACUUUGGAGAAAGUUAUAGUUAUAGAUGGAGUGGUGGUACCGCAUGAGCGGAAUGGUAUGAUUCGUGUCUCAAGUGAGCCCAUGGGAGAGGGCCUGUUGGAGAGGAAUUGGGGGGUAUGUUGUAGUACCUGUGAACGGGCCACAGCUUGCCUGUGCCUGGGGAACUAGAUAAUC